UCAUCCGUGAUCCGUUCGACUACUCUUCGAGUGCGAGCGGUCCCCAAAUUCUACCAGCAGCAGCAAUGUCGCUCUCCUCUUGCUUGCUCGCCGGCACCCGGGCGGCAGCCUCCCCUUCCUUCCCAUCCUCCGCUGCCAUCCGCCGGCGGGACCACCGCCCGCUGACCGUUUCCGUGGUCCCGCUCUCGCCCUCUCAGCAAUGGCGCCACGGCCUCCGCUUCUGCUGCGCCUCCUCCACCUCUUCCUCACCUCCGCCGCCGGCACCGCCCGAGGAGCCCGACGACUAUGAGCUAUUGGACACGACUGGGAAUUGUGACCCUCUAUGCUCGGUUGAUGAAGUUAGCUCACAGUACUUUGAAGCUAACUACAAACCGAAAAAUGACCUUCUAAAAGCUUUAACUAUCAUUGGCACAGCCUUGGCUGGGGCAGCCGCAAUAAACCAUUCCUGGGUUGCUGCUAAUCAGGACAUUGCAAUGGUGUUGGUCUUUGCUAUUGGCUAUGCAGGUAUCAUUUUUGAGGAAUCACUAGCAUUUAACAAAAGUGGAGUUGCGUUAUUGAUGGCUGUCUGCCUAUGGGUUAUCAGAAGCAUUGGGGCUCCCUCGACUGAUGUAGCUGUUCAAGAGUUGAGUCACACAACUUCUGAAGUUAGUGAAAUUGUGUUUUUCUUGCUUGGUGCAAUGACUAUUGUGGAGAUUGUUGAUGCACAUCAAGGUUUUAAGCUGGUGACUGAUAAUAUAUCUACUCGAAACCCAAAAACUCUUCUGUGGGUGAUUGGUAUUGUAACUUUCUUCCUGAGUUCGAUCCUCGACAACCUGACUUCCACUAUUGUGAUGGUGUCUUUGCUUCGGAAACUAGUACCUCCAUCAGAAUACAGAAAAUUGUUAGGUGCUGUUGUUGUAAUAGCAGCGAAUGCUGGCGGUGCAUGGACACCAAUUGGUGAUGUGACAACCACUAUGUUGUGGAUUCAUGGUCAGAUUACAACAUUGAAAAUAAUGCAGGGCUUGUUUAUUCCCUCAGCUGUUUCGCUGGCAGUCCCACUGGCUCUGAUGUCCCUCACCAGUGAAGCAAAUGGGUCGUCUCAGAAAUCUUCCAGCUUGCUGUCAUCAGAGCAGAUGGCUCCUCGGGGACAACUUGUAUUAGGUGUUGGAGUUGGAGCAUUAGUGUUUGUUCCGAUCUUUAAAGCUCUCACUGGCCUGCCACCUUUCAUGGGUAUGCUACUUGGUCUUGGGAUUCUCUGGAUCCUGACAGAUGCAAUACAUUAUGGAGACGCUGAAAGGCAGCGGCUGAAAGUUCCACAAGCACUAUCACGGAUUGAUACACAGGGAAUUUUAUUCUUCUUAGGUAUUCUCUUAUCAGUUGGCAGCUUGGAAUCUGCAGGGAUUUUGAGGCAGUUAGCAAAUUAUCUUGAUGCCAAUAUUCCAAAUGCUGAUCUUAUUGCUAGUGCAAUUGGUGUGGCAUCAGCAGUUAUAGACAAUGUUCCACUUGUUGCUGCAACCAUGGGGAUGUAUGACCUGACUUCAUUCCCUCCAGACUCGGACUUCUGGCAGCUUGUUGCAUUCUGUGCGGGUACUGGUGGUUCAAUGCUUAUCAUUGGCUCCGCAGCAGGAGUUGCUUUUAUGGGAAUGGAGAAGGUGGAUUUCUUUUGGUAUUUUCGCAAGGUGAGUGGUUUUGCCCUUGCAGGUUAUGCAGCUGGUAUAAUCUCUUACCUAGCUGCUCAAAAUCUCCAUCUAUCGCUUCCCACUUCGCUGGCUGAGAUCCCUUUUAUUUCGUGAUCAUAAAAGGUUGGCCUUUGUAGUCAUGUAAGAUCUAGAUAUGGAGGUGAACCAAGCACCAUUAUUGUUUUCCAUAUCUUAUGUAAGGUUCAGUGUGUUGACAUAUAGAGUAUUCAGAACUUGGGAAUAAGACAGCCAUGAGCUUCAAGGCCCAACAUCAGAUUUGGACCGGCUUAUCUCAAGUGCUGGUGAACUUUUAGGCUAGGGUUGAGGAUGCUGUGAGAAAGGCUGCACUGUUUACUAGGACUGCUUUUGAACCAAGGAUAUAUCAGUUUGGAUAUUUGCUAACCUACUCCGCGAAAAUAGGAGCAACCUAGAAAUGUGCAAUUAUGUAAGAAACAAGCUUGGUUCUCUUGUAUGCUAAGUAUGUAAUAAGAUCCAGAAAUGUGGUAUAACUGCUGUCUGGUAAUAUCGUUGAUUAUUACAACAGCAUGGUGUUAUCCCAUUGCAACAGGACAUUGAUGAUUUUCAUUUCUGAAGAAACGACAUGGUGUUAUCCCACCA